AUGGAUCAAUCGGUAUCUACUACGAAGAAUCAUGUGGAGAAACCUGAGAAAUUCAAGGGUUCGGAUUUCAAACGUUGGCAACAGAAGAUGUUGUUCUAUUUGACAACUCUUCAUGUGGCAGAUGUUCUCACAAUCGAGGCUCCAAAGGAUCUUCCCGAAGGAGAUGGAGAGAAUGUUCCAACUGAUGCUCAAAAGGCCGAAAAUCAGAAGGCCAUUGUUGCCUGGGCGAGCAAUGAGUUUCUGUGCAGGAAUUAUAUCCUCAAUGCCUUAGACGAUUCCUUGUAUGAUAUUUACUCAUCAUUCAAAACAGCAAAGGAAUUAUGGGAGUCGUUGGACAACAAGUACAAGACUGAAGUUGCUUGUUCAAAGAAGUUUGUCAUUAGCAAGUUUCUGAAUUACAAGAUGGUCGAUGCCAAGUCUGUUGUCAAGCAAGUGGAGGAACUUCAAGUCAUUGUUCAUGAGUUAGAUGAAGAAGGUAUGGGACUGAACUCGAAUUUUCUUGUUGGUUCUGUUAUUGAAAAGUUACCUCCUUCAUGGAAAGAUUUCAAAGUAUAUCUGAAACAUCUAACUGAGGACAUGAAUUUUGAGCAAUUGGUUCUGAAACUUCGUGUUGAAGAGGAUCACCGGAAGAAUGAAAGGGCUGAUGCUACUUCUAUGGAGCCAAACACAAACAUGAUUGGAGGAAGUCCAUCAAAGGCCAAGUUUCAGAAAAACAAAGGCAAGAAUGUUGCUGCCAAACCAAGUCUUGUUGCUGCCAAGAAGUCACUCGCCCCACAAAAGACCAAUUGUUAG